UUUUUACAGUUAGUCUGCUAGUGUGCAGACAUUGGCUGAAUCAGGUUCACAGAGAGAGAGACUAUACGGGCCUGUGCUGAUGCACUAUGUUAUGUCUGAUAGACUAGACUGACUGUUUCAUUGUGCUGAACUCAGGGAAAGGGAUAACAACAUACUGUGAGACAACUGCUACGGAGAACACUGUGGAUUUGGACUGUCAGAACCCAAGGUGUUUUUUGGAGAUCCAAAAAGGUCUGCAUGGGUACUGAGAACACAUCAGGGCUCCUACCAACCUCUCUACUUCCUAAAGGCCCGUUUCCCUUCCGGGUUCCACCCAAACCCCAGCCCAGAAGGGAACGAUGUCACGUGGCCACAGACACUGUAACUGUCCUGAACAGGAACACCUGUACAGGUGAAGCAGGGGACCAUGGUCAGGAGAAGGGACAACUGACCAGGUACAAGUCCCUACCACCCCUCAUCAAUAGCCAGGGGGACUCUAUUUCAUCUGAAGUUAUGAACUCUGGCUCUUCCAGGAUCCAACCUGCAUCUUCACCGACGCCUGUGGAGGAACAAGGGGCUUCCAUCGGGUUCACACCUGUUCCAAAGCCUCGUCUCAGAGUCGGACCAACACCUGCAGAGGAACAAUGGGCUUCCAUCGGGUUCACACCUGUUCCAAAGCCUCGUCUCAGAGUCAGACCAACACCUGCAGAGGAACAAUGGGCUUCCAUUGGGUUCACACCUGUUCCAAAGCCGCCUCGUCUCAGAGUCGGACCAACACCUGCGGAGGAACAAGGGGCUUCCAUCGGAUUCACACCUGUUCCAAAGCCUCGUCUCAGAGUCAGACCAACACCUGCAGAGGAACAAGGGGCUUCCAUCGGGUUCAUACCUGUUCCAAAGCCUCGUCUCAGAGUCGGACCAACACCUGCAGAGGAACAAUGGGCUUCCAUCGGGUUCACACCUGUUCCAAAGCCUCGUCUCAGAGUCGGACCAACACCUGCAGAGGAACAAUGGGCUUCCAUCGGGUUCACACCUGUUCCAAAGCCUCGUCUCAGAGUCGGACCAACACUUAACCCACACAGCAGAGACUCUGGUCUGGUAGCAGGACAUAUGGAGGAGCCCUUAUGUUUACGCACCAACCCCGUCCAAAGACUUCCUCCCCCUAACAAGCUCCUCCCAACUUUAAAAAUAAACAGUAUUGUUCAGAGAAUGGUCCACAUGAACACUGAGAACAGAAACAUUGGAUACAUGGUUGUCAUUGACACUGAGGGCUCAGUAGCUGAUUUGCAUUAUACACAGCUUCCAAGAGGCAGCCAGGAGAGGCUGAACACUGCUGUGACAGACAAGCUGAAAGCAAACUGCAGAGAGAAAAACGGAUUAUUAGAAACCUUGUGGCAGGAACGCAGACUGGUGCAAGAGAGCGGAAUACUGCCGUACCUCAACAAGCAAGAGCUGCUGCUACAGGAGAGUAUGUAUGAGGUGGUGACAACAGAGCAGUCCUACCUGGAGAGGCUGGGUGUCGCUGUGAACCAUUUCAUGAAGUCAUCUACCCUGCGUCUAGCCCUGUCACCCAGAGACCACAAGUCUCUUUUCUCUAGUAUUGCCAAGAUCAGGGAGAUUAGCCAGAAAUUUUUAGAUGCGAUGAAGAAGGAGCUAGAGUCUAACCUGCUAUGUGACAUGCUGUGUGAUGUCAUCCAUCGCCACACCAGCAGCCACUUUGGUGCCUAUGUGGACUACAUCCGUAACAUGCCUUACCAGGAACAGACCAUGCACAACCUGGGGAGGGAGAACCCCCAGAUCAUGGAAAUAUUAAGGAAGUUACAAGACGACCAACGCUGUUAUCGUCUGCCCCUGAAGUCCUUCCUGGUCCUUCCCUUUCAGAGGAUCACACGACUCAAGAUCCUCAUAGAGAACAUUUUGAAGAGUACAGAGCGGGGGUCAGAGAGGCAGGCGUCUGCAGAGAAAGCGCUGAGAGCACUCAUAAAGGUAGUUGAGGCCUGCAAUAGGGAGGUGGGGAGGAUGAAGAUGAUGGAGGAAAUCGUUCACAUCGCCAACAAAACUGAGUUUGAAUGCAAGGCCCUGCCCCUGGUGUCUUCCUCUCGCUGGCUAGUGAGACAGGGGCAACUAGCUCAGCUGUCAGAGAAAGAGAACAUCUUUGGUCACCGGAAGCUCUGUCACAUCUACCUUUUCCUCUUCAAUGACCUACUGCUGGUGACCACUAGGAAAAGCAUGGAUCGGUUUGUGGUGCGGGAUCAUGUCCACCGUUCCCUGAUAGAGGUGAGUGAAGGACUGGAGGAGAAGGAGGAUUUGGUGUGUGCUUCACGAGAGAGGAUGUUCUGCCUAGCUCUGCUGAAGAACCAGAGGGGAACAACAUCUCAGUUCUUGCUGCAGGCCUCCACACAAGCAGAGAAGAUAACUUGGAUGGAGGUGUUGAGUCGUCGAGAGGACGGGAUGGAAGGAAUCUAUGAAGAAUGGGACUGUCCUCAGGUACGAUGCACUGAGGUCUACGUAGCACAGCAGCCAGGGGAACUGAGUAUACAGCUGGGUGAUACCAUCAAUGUUAUACAGAAAACUACUGAUGGUUUCUUAGAGGGCAGGAGACUUGUGGACGGUGAGCGGGGCUGGUUCCCGGAUUACUGUGCGGUGCAGGUCACCAAUGAGUACAUCCAGAGAAAACACCUCAGGCAGCGCUACCAUGUUUUAAAGACUGCCAACCGCAUCCUGAACCGACGGCAGACUGUUCCCCAGGCAACUGCCUGCUUCAGAUAGGAAGGGUCUUUCUGAACGAGGGCUGCAUCCCAAAUGGCACCCUAUCUAUCCCUUAUAUUAGGGCAUUCACACCUGAUUCUAAUAAUUAGAUGGUUGAUAAACUGAAUUAGGUUACUUACAACUAGGGUUGGAUUGAAAACCUACAGGAGGGUAGCUCUCCAGGAACAUGGUUAGAAAGUCCUGGUGUAAACCUACAGGAGGGUAGCUCUCCAGGAACAUGGUUAGAAAGCCCUGGUGUAAACCUACAGGAGGGUAGCUCUCCAGGAACAGGGUUGGAAAGCCCUGGUGUAAACCUACAGGAGGGUAGCUCUCCAGGAACAGGGUUGGAAAAACCCUGCAUGAUGCACUUCUUCUGAUCAGGGCCAAUAGGGCUUUGGUCAAAAGUAGUGCACUAUAUAGGGAAAAGGUUGCCAUUUGGGAUGCAGUUGAGAUAUGAGUCACUGUCUUGAUGUAUUUCAGUCAGUUGAUAAUGUUCAGCUAUUAAUUUACUCUGAACCUAACUGUUUAUUCUUACUAUGUUUCUUAUUUUGUUUAUACACAUUUUAUUUCAUUGAACUGACAUACGACAGAAUAUCAUUAUAACUUACUGCAAUUUAAUUCUUUAUGAAAAUAAACUACAACGUAUGAAAUUGA